UCGCUCAUCUCAUCUCCAAUGCCGCUACUCUCAACAAGUCAAACUGGUUGCAGAUUCCUCACUCCCAUUGAUUGACGCUCAUCUCCAUUGCCGAAUUGGAAAUCAAGCUUGGUAAACAACUAAAAAUGGACUCUUCUCUUGCUCAAAUAGCUCCUUCAGCCCAUCUCCUCAUCAUCGUUUUCCUUUCACUCCUUUUGCCGUUAUGUCAAUCCAAUCAGUUCUGUGAUGCUGGGAUUGCGUAUGGUGAAUCGGCGUGUGGAACUGCUACGGCGCCUACGUCGAAGAUAUUGAUAAAGGGGGGAACUGUGGUGAAUGCUCACCAUAAAGAGGUUUCUGAUGUAUAUAUUGAGGAUGGCAUCAUUGCUGCAGUACAGAAGAAUAUCGUGGUUGCAGAUGAUGUUAAGAUUAUUGAUGCUACUGGAAAGUAUGUCAUGCCAGGAGGAAUUGAUCCGCACACACAUUUGGCAAUGGAGUUCAUGGGCACUGAAACGAUUGAUGACUUUUUCAGUGGGCAGGCUGCUGCAUUAGCCGGUGGAACCACAAUGCACAUUGAUUUUGUUAUACCUGUGAAUGGGGGCUUAUCAGCAGGAUUUGAAGCUUAUGUUAAAAAGGCAGAAAGGUCAGUCAUGGAUUAUGGUUUUCACAUGGCAAUUACAAAAUGGGAUGACACUGUUUCUAGAGAAAUGGAGGUAAUGGUUAAGGAAAAAGGAAUUAAUUCUUUUAAAUUUUUCAUGGCCUACAAGGGUUCUCUAAUGAUCAGUGAUGAACUUUUGCUUGAGGGGUUCAAAAAAUGCAAAUCUCUUGGUGCCUUAGCCAUGGUUCAUGCAGAGAAUGGAGAUGCCGUGUUUGAAGGACAAAAAAGAAUGAUAGAACUUGGCAUUACAGGGCCUGAGGGUCAUGCCCUUUCAAGGCCACCAGCGCUAGAAGGUGAGGCAACUAGUCGAGCUAUUCGUUUGGCUGGUUUUGUGAACACUCCUCUGUAUGUUGUCCAUGUCAUGAGCAUUGAUGCAAUGGAAGAAAUAGCUAAAGCUCGAAAAUCAGGUCAAAAGGUUAUUGGGGAGCCAGUAGUUUCAGGACUAGAACUGGAUGAUUCUGUCCUUUGGGACUCUGAUUUUCUGACAGCAGCAAAGUAUGUCAUGAGUCCACCUAUUAGAGCACCUGGACAUGGUAAAGCUCUUCAAGCAGCUCUCUCAACCGGGGUUCUACAGCUUGUAGGAACAGACCACUGCACCUUUAACUCAACCCAGAAAGCCAUGGGGAUUGAUGAUUUUCGGAAAAUACCAAAUGGUGUCAAUGGUCUUGAGGAGAGAAUGCAUCUGGUUUGGGAUACAAUGGUGGAAUCUGGACAACUAUCUGUCACUGAAUUUGUUAGGGUGACGAGCUCAGAGUGCGCCAGAAUUUUCAACAUCUAUCCAAGAAAAGGUGCAAUACUAGUCGGGUCAGAUGCAGAUGUCAUAGUCUUGAACCCGAAUUCAAGCUUUGAGAUCAGCGCAAAAUCCCACCAUUAUCGAACAGAUACAAAUGUCUACGAGGGAAGAAGGGGGAAGGGAAAAGUGGAAGUAACAAUUGCUGGAGGAAGAAUUGUUUGGGAGGAGGAGGAACUGAAGGCUGUCCCAGGCUGGGGCAAGUACAUUAAAAUGGCACCUUUCAACUAUUUGUACGAUGGAUUGGAAAGAGCAGACGCGGAGUAUUUAUCUUCCCUACGAGCUCCAGUGAUGCGGCACAGCGUGCACACAACUUGAGCUCCUGGUUCUACACUUGAAACUUGAUUUUUAUGUACAAAAGACUCACAGUAAGUAUCCAGCAACACCUCCUCUCCCAUAAGCUAUGAUGUAAGUAGGAAUAAGGCUUUGGCAGCUGGGGAUUUCAGUUAUGUAUUGUACAAUGUACAGAAGAUUCUCUCUCUCUCUCUCUCUCUCUCAAGAGCUCAUUUAUAAUAGAGAUAAUUGCAUACA